AGGCGUGUUUCCUGCUGCCAUUGACUAAAACAUAAAGCCUGGCAUCCUGCGGGGGGGAAAAAAGCGCAUCAAACGGCUUUGCGUCCUUAAAGGCGAUUAAUUCCUAUUUUUGAAAGAUUUUAGCUGUUUAUUAUUAUUAUUAUUAUUAUUUAUAUGAAGGCAUACUGACCAAAGUGCAUGGUCUCGGUCUAAUGUGUGUGUGUGUGUGAGCACGGAGCAGCUCGCCUCUGCCACCGUUUAUGAUUUAUCGAGAUGAUAUGAAUGUCAUUCGGUCAAGGUCCGCUCUCCCGACGCCACGGCCGCGGCCGGAUUGUCGAGCUUCUGGUGGGAAACAUCUGCCCCAAGCAUUUGGAUGAAAUUUCCAAUAAUUUCCCGAGUGAACUGAGUGGACGGUGAGCGCGGUUGGGAUUGUGAGCAGCGUGGGAUCCUCGCUGUGACAGUGACCUGCUGCAGUAAAAAAUAAUAUAUAUAUAAAAGAAAAAGACAGGGAAACAAACGUGGAUUAGAAAACACCGAUGAUGUGAUUGCGACAUUGAGAACCAAAAUGCUCCACAGUCUUCGCCUUGUGCACAAACCUUCAGCAGUACCGAGUAAGCCGUUUGCUUUUUUCUGCCAAAGGACUGCGUGUCACAUUGACUGAACAGUGUUUGUAAGAGCAUACCGAGCGCAACACCCAUCGACUUAUUGUCUGACUAGUUUUACAGUAUUAACGACUGACAUCCACCCAAAGAGGGACCGAUCCGGGCUGAUCUGAACGGAGGACACCAUGUCGGCGGUCAUGAUAACACGAAAGGUGCGGAAAUGGGAGAAGCUCCCGGGUAAAAACACUUUCUGCUGCGACGGGCGGGUGAUGAUGGCCCGGCAGAAAGGAGUCUUCUACCUGACCCUGUUCCUCAUCGUCGGGACCUGCUCUCUCUUCUUCGCUUUCGAAUGUCCGUACCUGGCUGUCCAUUUGUCUCCUGCUAUUCCAGUUUUUGCUGUCCUGCUUUUCCUCUUUGUCAUGGCCAUGUUACUGAGGACCAGCUUCAGUGAUCCUGGGGUGCUGCCCCGGGCCCUUCCAGAGGAGGCUACAUUCAUCGAAAUGGAAAUUGAGGCUGCCAAUGGGAACGUCCCCGCAGGGCAGCGUCCCCCACCACGAAUCCGCAACGUUCAGAUCAACAACCAGAUUGUCAAGCUCAAGUACUGCUACACCUGCAAGAUCUUCCGACCACCUCGAGCAUCUCACUGCAGCAUCUGUGACAACUGCGUCGACCGUUUUGAUCACCACUGUCCAUGGGUAGGCAACUGUGUAGGCAAGAGGAACUACAGAUACUUCUACCUGUUCACCAUGUCUCUCUCCCUGCUCACCAUUUACAUCUUCACCUUUGACAUCGUCCAUGUGGUCAUGCGUUCGGUGGAUAAUGGCUUUUUGAACACUUUGAAGGAAACACCUGGAACUGUGCUGGAGGUGUUGGUCUGCUUCUUCACCCUGUGGUCAGUGGUGGGACUGACUGGCUUCCACACCUAUCUGAUCUCUCUCAACCAGACCACCAAUGAGGAUAUUAAAGGAUCCUGGUCAGGAAAGAAUAGAGUCCAGAAUCCAUACAGCCACAAGAACAUCAUCAAAAACUGCUGUGAGGUUCUCUGUGGGCCAACAUAUCCAAGCGUCUUGGACCGAAGAGGACUGAUGCAAGAGGAAACGUCUGUUUCUCCUGCUACAUCCUCCUCCUCCUCUUCCAGCAGCAACCCAGUGCCACAAACCACGCACGCUGUCCUCUGCCUACAGAAAACCACGGCGCCACUCAUCCCCAAUGAGCACACACCUGAUGAUGCCAAGCCGAGUAUUGCUGAGUCAGCAGAGCAGAACCCCUCCCCCAGCGAGGAAAACCUCCCUGCUUCAAAGGUCCCGCCUCUGGCUUCUCCCGAGACUGAUGCAGAAACAUCCCUCGCCAAGGACAAGAUCCAUUAGCUGCAUGUGGGGGCGGCUCUCAGUGUAGCCACAGGAACUGAAACAUUAACAAUCAACGUCUGAUUACUGUGCGGGUGACUCAGUUAUCCUCCUGCCCUACAUUCCACCUGAAGAGCAGAGUUUCUGCGGCAGCUUUUCGUCUUCCCUCCUCUCCUCACCAGUAGCUGCAGAGCUGUUUGAUUGACACUCACACUUGCAGGAGGAGGAGUGAUUUAAUGGAAAGUCAGCAGCUUCCUCGCUCUCCUGAACACUGCAUGGAAAAAACUUGCAGAGGGAGAAGCUGCUGGAAAACUGCAGAAUCCCCCCCCCCCCCCCCCCCCCUCAACCCAUCCCACUCCCAACUCUCCAAGCAUAAGACAUCCUGCAGGUCACCUGUGAACUGCAUUCAUUUAAAACUGCAUAAUGACAUUUAUUGUGAGAGGCCAGUUUAAAUAUACUCCCUGCAAGCGUCUGGCAAAGACAAUAUUACUUAUGGACAUGUAUAAAACUUCAUACUCACAGGUAGUUUUCUGUUGUGUGCACAUUACAUGCCCUAUGCAAACCAUGAGAAGGCUGGACAAGCAGCUUUUUGAUUAGUGUUGAAAGAAGGGUUACAGCUGUAAGUCUGAGUGCACAUGAUGUCCAGGUAGGGGGAGGACAUGCAAAUCCUUAGCUGAGAUAACCUAAUGGCUCCUUCCAGGCAAGUCAAAAUCUACCUUGUAUUCUGAUAUUGCUGCAUUCAGUACUGUUGUUCCUUAUGUGCAUCUUUUUUUAAAUGAUCUGAUCCAGACCAACGCCUGUCCUUCCAUUUUUAUAUAAUCGAUGAUGUAGUGUGACAUCGGUGCUCUAAGACACAUGAAAUGGCUUUAUGCAUUGAAGUCUUGUACAGGAGACACUUUGCCCGAGUCCCAGUGUGGAUGAGAAAAGGCCCGACUUCAGAUUAUAGUAGACACUCGUAGUAACAGUGCCUUAUCCUAACAGUUGCACUAUCGAAAGCAACUGAUGGCAACCAACAGAGAAACUUUUGAAAUUUGUUCUAACCACUGAUCGAGUGUUAAAGGAGAAAUGCUAAUGUUUAUACACAAGUGAGUUCAGUGGUUCCCAUCCUGGGGUUUGGGAUCCUCGCAAGGGGUUGUAAGAUAAAUGUAACGGGUCAAGAGAUGAUUAGAAGAACAGCUUUACAUUUUGAGAAAUAACACAUUCGUCUUCUUGCAGAGAAUUAAAUGGGAAGUUGAUGCCACUCUCAUGUUUGUGUGAUAAAUAUUAGCUUUAGACCAGAAAUGGGGAAACAGGCAGCCAUCUUUCCAAAAGUUCCAAAAUCAGCACCUCUGGAGAUCACUAAUUAAUAUGUUAUAUGACAUUUAGUUACCAUGUAUAAAAAACUAAAUGUUUUGUGAUUUCAAAGCGCAAACUCUUUCCUUUUAAGUAAGGACUCAACAAGACAAUUAGUCAGCUUCAGAGAUGCGGGUUGUAUAUGUGCAUUUUUUUUAACUAUUUGCAGGACCAGGCUAGCUGACUCUGACUUUCCAGUUUUUUAUACUAAGCUAAGUUAGUCAGCUGCUGGUUAGCUUCACAUUUAGCGUGCAGAAAUGAGAGCAGUAUCAAUAUUCUCGUCUAACUCUCCACAAGAAAGCAAAUAAAAAGUCAGUAAGUAUUUCUUUUAAAAUGAUGAAGCUGAAAAAUUUCUGCUAAAUUAUACUACAGAUGAGCUUCUUAUUUUUUGUUGUUAUGAAAUACUGUGAAUUUCCGCUAGAAAUGACGUGAAGUGAAACAUCUGAAAAGGAAAAUAUUAAUUUUAGUUGAACUCACAGCUGGCGUAUGUAAGCGACGUGUGAUGUGCAGAAAUUGCUGUCAGUCUUAAAGCUUGGGAACCACUGAAUUAGACCUUGUGAAGCAAAAGCCGAGCAAAGCCAUUGUUGAAUUGUACAUAGUUUUAGUAAGUAAGGAUGUACUGAAGACCUCUCAGCUGGUGAGGAACAGUGAUUUCAGCAAGGUUUUGUUUUAUUUUUGGCUUUUUUUUUGUUUUUACGCAUAAGUGCAGCCAGUGUUAAUUAUGUUGCCUGUGAGCUUGAGUACCUCCUCUUACAAAUCACACCCGAGCUGAUCUUCUCUCUCUUUCUGCCGUCUUCUGCCUCCUCCUUCGAUAAAAUAACAGCUCUUCUCCUUGCUGCUCUGCUGUGGCAGUUAUCACUACAGUAUGGCCGAGGCAGCUUCCACUGUGGCUGUGGCUCGUUACGGCAGAGAAUAAAGUCAACGCCGAGAGAAAGACACUCAGUUCUUUCUUUUCACACAUCUGUGUAUUUCAGACGGAGCACAGCCUGUAAUGCGCUUGAGAAUUUGUUUUGUUUUUGGUCACAGAUCGCUUGAGGGGACAGCAUUCACACAAAGAAAAAAAUGAGAGAGAGUAAAGCUUAUUCUUAGUAUUUAAAUGAUGUUAGCUGAUAGCGAGCGUUUGUAAUAGUGACUGUGUUGUAUGCAAGACAAGAGUUAGUGUUUGUGAAAUAUACUUAUAUAGAAAUUCUAGUGUGUCAGCAGCGUUGUAUCAGACUCUGAAAAUCUGUCACAAUUUCUCAUUCAGGUCCUAAAAUAUUUGCCAAACAAGGAGUGGAAAAUGAAUUAGGACCCUGGGAUUGUUGGCAGCUGUAAGAUUAUUUUCACUGACAGACUGAUUGAGGACACUUUUAAAUGAUGAAAGAUUAGUCAAUGCCUGCAACUAAAAAUUUCAGAUUAAUUGUUUUGGCUACACAUAAUUGCAAAAAGAUUCAGUAUGCUUUCAGAAAAUCUGGAAAUAUUUAGAUUUGAAAGAUGGAACUCGCAACUUUUUGACAUUUUUGCUCAACAAAUUCCCAAAUUUUUGACAAUCAGUUUUCUGUUUAUACUUUCAGCUCUAAAUGAAUCUGUUUUCUGUGUUUACCUUCCCUACACCUCAUCUGAUGAUAGAAGGAGAGAUCACUGACACGUCUCAGUUGGAAGAAGCUGUAAAGUGUGUGGCGGUUGUUGUUGUUGUUGUUUCUGUGAAGUAGAAAAGUGUACCUGCAGCGUGUUUGUUUCCAAUCAUAAAUAUGAAGCAGAGAGCAGAUUUUAAAGCUGAACUUAGUGGGCUUUCUUUGUGGAAAGUGUCUGAAGACAGUUUGGUGUACUCGAUCACUUUUGUGUUGCUGUCACCGAGAAGCAAGAAUGUAUGUAUGUGAUUGAUAGUCGAUGAAAGAAGGGACACUUGUGUUGAAUUCCUGUGUAACCGUUCCAGAUUAAAUUUUAAAGGGUAGGUUGAACUUUAAUUUUUUUUAACUCUAAAGGUUUGCAGACAAGCUGAGCUCUUGUGUGUAUGAUUGCUGUGUUAAAAUGCCAUGAUGUGGUCAGAUCUGAAUGCUCUGAUCAGUCUAUUACAUUGCAUUAUGUAUACAGAUACAGUAAUAUACCAGUGAUGGAAUUCUUUAUUUAUGUUCACUUUAUUUAGUAUGAACACUGUGACUAUAUGUCUUUCAUUCAAUUUACUUCACUUCUUUUUACAUGAUCAAUGUGUCUGGUAAAUAAACAAUAUUGUCUUAUUAUUA